UAUAUGUAGAUUAUUAACUUGUCAAAUGGAUAUGACACAAAAUACAAAUAUAAAUAUCAAUAAAAUUGAAAAAAGAUUAUUAAAUGAUGACAUUACAAAUAAUUCAAAAAAACAAAAAGUUGAUCAAUAUAUAAGAAUAAAAAGAAAAAACUAUGCUAUGUUGUUAAGUUAUCUUGGUAAAAAUUAUUAUGGAAUGCAAAGAAAUCCUGGUAUGGCAACAGUGGAAGAACAUUUAAUAAAAGCAUUAUUAAAAGCUAAUUUGAUAAAUUCUGAAACUUUUGGAAUGAUUCAAACUAUUAACUUUCAAAGGGCAGCUAGAACAGAUAAAGGAGUAUCUGCUAUUAGACAAGUUGUUUCUCUAAAGCUACCUGAAGAUCCAUGCAAGGAUACGAUAAAUAACUAUUUGCCUGAAGAUAUACGAGUGUUUGGAAUUAAACGGGUAACAAAAGGAUUCAACAGUAAAUCACAGUGUGAUGCACGAACUUAUUCAUAUACCAUACCUACAUAUGCAUUUAUCCCAGAAAAUUUAGAACAAUUUCAGACAACAGCAAAUUCAAUACUUAUUGAAAAACGGUUAAUAGAAUUAUCUAUUAUUAAUGGAAAACCAUAUCACGAAUAUAGAAUAUCAAAAGAAAAACUACAAAGGUUGCAAGAACUAUUGAAAUAUUUUGAAGGAACUCAUAAAUUUCAUAAUUAUACAUCUAAAGUACUGCCAUUAGAUCCAAGAGCAAGACGUUAUAUAAUGAAUUUUAUAGCCGAAGAGCCUUUUACUAUUAAUAACAUGGAAUUUAUUACCUUAAAAAUUAAAGGGCAAAGUUUUAUGUUACAUCAAAUCAGAAAAAUGAUAGCAAUAAUAAUAGGAAUUAUGAGAAAUAUUAUAACAGCAAAGGAACUUGAACAAACUUUUGAACAACAAAAGUUUGAUAUCUAUAGAGCACCAAGUUUGGGAUUAAUGUUAUAUUUUGUACAUUAUGAAUAUUAUGACAAAAGAUAUGGAUCAGAUGGAAUUCAUGAAAAACUUGAUUGGGCUGAUUGUGAAAAAGAAAUAAUAGAAUUUGAAAAAAAUAUAAUUUAUAAUUACAUCAUUGAUACAGAAAUCAAAGAAAAUACUAUGCUAAAUUGGCUAGCAAAAUUAAAUACUAAUUCAUUUAUACUACGAACAAAUGAAGAACAAAAUUUGAAUGAA